ACUGUUCUGCUCGGCUGAAUUUGUCAGAGGUGUAGAGAGCGAGAUUAUAUUCCUUUCAGCUCUAAAUAUUUUUCUCUCCGUCACUGCAUUUCUGGGGAACACUCUGAUCCUAGUUGCUCUAUACAAGGAAACUUCACUUCAUCCACCGUCCAAACUCCUGUAUCGUAACCUAGCGAUAACUGAUCUCUGUGUUGGUAUCAUUGUGGAGCCCUUAGUUGUGACUUAUUGGACUUCUGUUGUGAACGAAAGAUGGGAUAUUUGCUAUUACGCAGAUUGGGCAGCAAGUUUCUCAGGUUUAACUUUGUGUGCAGUGUCUUUAUUAACAUUGACUGCAAUAAGCGUGGACAGACUUCUCGCCUUGUUGCUGGGGCUCAGAUACAGACAAGUUGUAACUUAUAGACGAACAUGUAUAACUGUGACAUCUACUCUCUUUUUGAAUCGUCGUAUAACUUCAUGGUUUCAAUACAUAGUUACAGCUUUGUGUCUGGUCACCACAAUCUUCGCUUACGCAAAAAUUUUCGUUACUCUGUGUCAUAACCAAAUUCAUGUUCAGAACCAUGUUGCUCAAGGACAACCGAGCCAAGCAAUUCCAUUGAACAUAGCUCGAUACAGAAAGGCAUUGUACAGUACACUGUGGGUGCAAGGAACAUUGGGUAUUUGUUAUCUUCAAUUUUAUAUAGUGCUCGUUUUGACACCUCGGAGAGGGAUGCAUUUAUCGAUCUACCUUGCCAGGAAUUUCACAGUUAGCAUGGUUCUCUUAAACUCGUCAUUAAACCCCUUGUUGUACUGUUGGAAGAUCAGAGAAGUAAGGCAAGCUGUAAAAGAAACAUUAACGCAACUCUGCUGUUGAUCGAGUUAGAUUUCUGGGCUUUCCAGCUCUCUCUUCUCAGCUCUUAAUUCAUGCUUCAAUCCUCGUUGAUAUUAACUGUAAAUAUUUUGUACUACAUGCAAGCAUAUUUUAUGAAGGCAUGUCACCUGUUUUUUAGGGGCAAGUAUAUUAUAAAUAUUCCUUGUCUAGAAAUCCAAAGAUGUUAUCUUUAUUAUUUAGUCGCAUGAAGCGUAAACAAGUAAUAAAGAAAUAGAGUUGAAGGGCUUCAUUCCUUUUCUUCUUCUUCUCCUCCUCUUCCUCCUCCUCCUCCUCCUUAUGGAACUUGAAUAAGUUGUUACUCUAUAGAAAGCCUGUCAAACCAUUUAAACCAUUUAAAAGUAGUACAUGACCUUAUCUUAAUGAGAUUUCCCCGCAUUUUAUUCAUGAGAUAAAGACAAAAGGCUAUUUGUCUUCAAAAGUUGCAAGCUGUGGUUAUAACCUUCUUAUUAUUUUCUCGAAGAAUACAUCGGAUAGUAAAACUGACUUUAACGGCAUUUACUAAUUUCUCUGAGUUGUACUGGAAAUGUGCGUGCGUGAGCCGGAGAGGGCUAUCUUUAAAACAAGGAACGGGGAAUGGGAAUGGGGAACGGGGAACGGGGAACGGGGAAUCUUUAAAAUGGGGAAUCUUUAAAAGCGGGAAUCUUUAAAACGGGGAAUCUUUAAAAGCGGGAAUCUUUAAAAUGGGGAAUCUUUAAAAGCGGGAAUCUUUAAAACGAGGAAUCUUUAAAAGCUGGAAUCUUUGAAAUGGGGAACAUAGCUCGAUACAGAGAGGCAGUGUACAGUGCACUGUGGGUGCAGGGAACUUUGGAUAUUUGUUAUCUUCCAUAUAGUAUAGCGGUCGUUUUGACACCUCAGAGAGGGAUGCCUUUAUCGAUGUACCUUGCCAGGAAUUUCACAGUUAGCAUGGUUCUCUUAAACUCGUCGUUAAACCCCUUGUUGCUUGUUGUACUGUUGGAAGGUCAGAGAAAUAAGACAAGCUGUAAAAGAAACAUUAAGGCAACUCUGCUGUUGAUCGAGUUAGUUUUCUGGGCUUUCCAGCUCUCUGUUGUCAGCUAUUAAUUCAUGCUUGAAUCCUCGUUGAUAUUAACUGUAAAUAUAUUGUACUGCAAGGAUAUUUUAUGAAGGCAUGUCACCUGUUUUUUAUGGCAAAGUAUAUUAUAAAUAUUCCUGAUCUAGAAAUCCAAAGAUGUUAUUUUUAUUAUUUAGUAGCAUGAAGUGUAAACAACACUCAAGAAUAAAGAACUAAUAAAGAAAUAGAGUUAAAGGGCUUCAUUCCUUUUCUUCUUCUUCUUGUUCUUCUUGUUCUUCUUCUUGUUCUUGUUCUUCUUCUUUUUCUUCUUCUUUUUCUUCUUCUUCUUCUGCUUCUGCUGCUGCUGCUGCUGCUGCCGCUGCCGCUGCUGCUGCCGCUGCUUCUUCUUCUUCUUCUUCUUCUUCUUCUUCUUCUUCUGCUUCUCCUCCUCCUCCUCCUCUUCCUCCUCCUUAUGGAACUUGAAUAACUUGUUACUCGAUACAAAGCCUGUCAAACCAGUUGCACCACUUAAAAGUGGUACAUGACCUUAUCUUAAUGAGAUUCCCCCGCAUUUUUAUUCAUGAGAUAAAGACAAAAGGCUAUAUAUGACGUCAUCAGCGUUAAUGUUUUCAAUAAUGAGAUUUCAUUUCCAAAAAACUGAAACUCUUAAUUUCAUCCCUACUAAAUUUUUAUCACUUCUUUCUUGGUGUAAACUCAGAAUAAGUAACAUUAGCAUGCAAAUGAAAGAUAUUAAAAGCGCAUCGACGUUUAAAGCCAGCACUUUCGGAGCAUUCAACAUAUUAACAUAAGUAAAAUUGCCUCUCUGAUACUGGUAAAAGCAUCUCUUUAAUGAUUAACACAUCCUACGGGUUGCCCUCCCCAGAGCCCCGCGAGGGUAUUAGAUUGCUUGGUACCCAGGCUCAUUAGUCCGCGGGGCCAACGUAAACGAAACGCAUAGUAAGAAGGCCUGGGACGUAAGCAAUUCAAGUUCUGCUGUACACGUAUUUGUUGUGUAUAAGAUGUGGCAAGACAGUUGUUUUAUAAACUGCUGUGUGGGUAUUAAUUACACAAGAGCAUUUUUCAUUUUGCCAAAUAAAACAGGUCACAAAAGAAAAGUUGUAGCAUGUGUCAGAGGGCAUUCGUUUUUGUUUUACGAAAAAAUGUUUCCUUUUGGCGUAAAAGAAAAUCCACACGACCACAUUUAAAUGUUUUGAAAAAAAAGUUCUACCAUCGUACUAUGUAAUAUACCCGAUAAACUUAGCUUUAUUAUUUAUUUAGGGGUACAAGAACUUUAUCGGUGAGUACUAACUGUUACUGAAUAAUGGAAGGCAAACGGCCGCGAAGUAAAGCCGGAUCUUGGUUUUAGAUCAGGAUCGGUAAUGAGAAUAAAACCUAAAAGUAAAUGCAAGCUGGCAGCUAAAAGACAGGGUAUUAUUUAAUUGCCCGAUAUUUUGGUUAGACAUUACUAUCCUUCGUCUGGGGCUGCAAAAAGCAAUAAUAAAUUGUUGUAAAUAAGCGGUUGAAAAAAAAAAAAACAACGAACAGUCGAUAUUUCGCUUGCUCUGUGAGUUGUUGGCAGGAAAAAAAAGAAAAUCUACAGUACGAAUAACAAUAAUCUGUGUGUCGAGAAUUUAUUUACUGGGCUAAAACGCAUAUUAACAUAAAAAGCGCGCAGUCAGCGGGUGUUUAAAAUGGUUAGGGUCGCUUUGUUAAAAGAAGACAAAUUGAGGUGAUAAUACAAAUUAGUAGAAAAAUAUUGUUGCUAUAGUGAAUAUCUAUAUUUUAUACCCAAGCAUUAAUGAUGGUUAUGGGGUUUCGUUCACUUCAACGUAACGUGUUCAUAUUGCUAUUUUGCUUUAGUAACGGAUGAGCUGUUGGCAGGAAAUCUAGGGAAAAGAAAAUUAAAAAUACGAAUAACAAGAAUCUAUAUGUGUCGUGAAUUUUUAUAUACAGGGCUAUAAAACAUAUAUUAACAUAAAAAGCAGUCAGGUGUUUAAAAUAAUUAGGGACCGUGCUCGUUUAAAAAAAGACAUGAGCUAUAAUCAAAACUAUUCUAAAGAACAUUUUUCUUAGUUGCAAGUUAUAAUGGAUAUCUUUAUUUUAUACCUAAUUAUUAUUGAUAGUUAUGGGGCUCACUCAAUCGAAACCUAUCUCAACCGACCCAAAAAUUAUAAACAAACCCAUUUGGUCUGUUUGGACUGUUAAGACUUCCUUUCUACAAGAAAACUCUUUGCAAACGUCUGUCAAAGCUGGCCGCGCACGAAUUAGCAAUUUAAUUGGUUAAUAAUUAAAGGCCCUUUCCAAGUUUCUUUUUCCAGCCAUCUGAAUUCGGUUAAUAACUCACAUGUAUUACGCUCUGCUAGGAAAACUUCUGAUGACUCAAGCAUGUAUGCAGCUUGUGUUGAAUUGGCCGAAUUACUGGAACUUACAGCGAUGUUAAUGAAGAAAACGUUAUGCAGACUUGUCUCACCGACAGCAUAUUAAGAUCUAAAAAGUUAUUAAAAUGGUCCGUAAGUCAGCUUCACCUGGCUCAUUAUAGUUCGACUAAUGUUUGUUUGAAAAACUAGACAACUUUGCUGUAUCCUUUUUCCUCGUGUGGUACGACUAAAAACAAAAUUUUUUUUUUCCUCAAAGUCUUGUAGAAAAAGUUGAUAAAAAUUAAAACAAGGAGAAUUGACAAAGGUCAUUAUUGCACAUCAGUACAUCCAUAACAGACACCAAAAUUACCGCAUCCCACACAGUUUGAUGUGUUUGCUAACUGUCAACACUUCCUUUAUUACUGAAAAGUCAUUAGAAUCGUCAGUGAGUUGGAUAUCUUUUCCAGCCAUCUUAACCAUACGCGUAGUCCGUAAGUAACCCAAUAGACCUGAUUGCACUGAACAUGUCUCAGAAAAAUGGUAAAGGGGAAAUGAAAAUAGAAAUAGCCAAAUACGCGUUUUGAGGGCAUAGAAGCGAAGACAGCACGUGUAUGUUGAAAAUAAAUUCAACAUUAUAGUGGUUUAACGGUAAGCCUAAUUAAUUUCUAUUUGUUUUUUUGCAAUUUUAAUUUCAUUUCCAUUAAGCUGAUUUAACUAUGACAACGCUAUUGCAAUUAGGUGCAUAUACAGUAUAUCGCUUAAUUUCUGGGAAGGAAUGAUGGCUCAAGCUUAUAGUAAACUUUUAAAAAAAUGUUGAGUUAUCGGAAUUUCCUUCAAAUUAUUGCGAUGUCAAGUUACCAAAUGAAUGCGCGCGAACAUAAGACCUAAAAAGUUAAAAUCAUCUGUGAGUUAAAGUUUCACCUGUGACAUAACGCCUGGCUCAUCACAGUUCGGUCAGUUAGAUUGAAAAAGUACCGAGACAACUUUGCUCGACUUUUCUUGGCCCUGUGAGCUUUCUUUUACGUUUAGUUAAAAGUUUUUGCACGUUUAUGACUCUAUAAAUUACUUCUGAUCAUUAUUUAUUAAUACGCGACGAAUUAACUCGUAUAGGGGCGUUUAGGUAAAUAAUCUUGACUGUAAAGAUGUCGAGAUGAUAUCAGCAUUCACCCAAAUUCAAAUUGUAUAUAUAAAUAAAACUCUCACUUGCAGGUCAUUGCGCAGAAGAGGAAAAUGGCCCUGAAAAAUUUUACUGAAGACGAAAACAUAAAAACUGUCCAAGCACUGUACUGCUCGGCUGAAUUUGUCAGAGGUGUAGAGAGCGAGCUUAUAUUCUUUUCAGCUCUAAAUAUUUUUCUUUCCAUCACUGCAUUUCUGGGGAACACUCUGAUCCUAGCUGCUCUGCAGAAGGAAACUUCACUUCAUCCGCCGUCCAAACUCCUGUAUCGUAACCUAGCGAUAACUGAUCUCUGUGUUGGUAUCAUUGUGGAGCCAAGGAACACUCUGAUCCUAGUUGCUCUAUACAAGGAAACUUCACUUCAUCCACCGUCCAAACUCCUGUAUCGUAACCUAGCGAUAACUGAUCUCUGUGUUGGUAUCAUUGUGGAGCCCUUAGUUGUGACUUAUGGGACUUCUGUUGUGAAAGAAAGAUGGGAUAUUUGCUAUUACGCAGUUCGGGCAGUAACUUCCGCAAGUUUUAUUUUCUGUUCAGUGUCUUUAUUAACAGUGACUUCAAUAAGCGUGGACAGACUUCUCGCGUUGUUGCUGGGGCUCGGAUACAGACAAGUUGUAACUUUUAGAAGAACAUUUAUAACUGUGACUAGUUUUUGGAUUUUGUCAAACGUCGUUGUAUCUACUGUGUUUUUGAAUCUUCGUAUAAGUUCAUGGUAUCUAUGCAUAGGUAUAGCUUUGUGUCUGGUCACCACAAUCUUCGCUUACGCAAAAGUUUUCGUUACUCUGCGUCAUAACCAAAUUCAUGUUCAGAGCCAUGCUGCUCAAGGACAACCGAGCCAAGCGAUUCCACUAAAUAUAGCUCGAUACAGAAAGGCAGUGUACAGUGCACUGUGGGUGCAGGGAACAAUGGUUAUUUGUUAUCUGCCGUAUGUUAUAGUAGUAGCUUUGGUACUUCAUAGAGGGAUGUCUUCAUCCCUUCACCGUGCUUGGCAAUUUACGGUUACUUUAGUGUAUUCGAACUCGUCAUUAAACCCGUUGUUGUACUGCUGGAAGAUCAGAGAAGUAAGGCAAGCUGUAAAAGUAACAUUAAGGCAACUUUUCUGUUGA